UAUGGAUUCGUUAAUUAUGCUUUGGAGUUGUUAGUUUUAAAAUCAUUUGGUCCUGAAACCUGGGAAAAUAUAAAGAAACAGGCUGAUGUACAAAUGGAAGGCCAAUUUUUGGUGAGACAAAUUUACGAAGAUGAGAUUACUUAUAAUGUUAUAAUGGCCGCAGUUGAUAUUUUAAAGAUACCUGCAAAUGAUAUUUUGGAACUUUUCGGUAAAACAUUUUUCGAGUUUUGUCAGGAUUCUGGGUAUGAUAAGAUCUUACAGGUUCUAGGUGCUACACCAAGAGAUUUCUUACAGAAUUUAGACGCGCUUCACGACCACUUGGGCACGCUGUAUCCCGGAAUGAGAGCUCCAUCGUUCCGGUGCACCGAACGCCCGGAAGAUGGCGCCCUGGUGCUGCAUUACUAUUCGGACAGGCCCGGACUCGAGCACAUCGUCAUCGGCAUAGUAAAGACAGUGGCGAGCAAGCUUCACAACACCGAGGUAGAAGUGCAGAUAAUAAGAACGAAGGCGGAUUGCGAUCACGUCCAAUUUCUCAUAACUGAGACAAAUGGUCCGCAGAAAAAGCAGCUUCCAGACAUUGACGAAAUAGAAACGCUCUCAUUGGAACCGAAAAUAUCACCUGCAACAUUUAGCAAAAUAUUUCCAUUCCACAUAAUGUUUGACAGGGACAUGAGGAUCGUCCAAACUGGUUCUACAUUAAGGAGGGUUUUUCCUAUCGUUACGUCAGAAAAUUGCAAAAUUACCGAUAUAUUGGACACAAUACGCCCGCAUCUGGAGCUGACAUUCGAGAACAUCCUAUCGCACAUAAACACGAUCUACGUCCUGCGAACGCGGUCAGGCGUUAUGCAAGUAAACGCGCCGCAGGAGUACCGAUUCCUGCGACUCAAAGGCCAGAUGCUCUACGUGCCCGAAACCGAUCUCGUCAUUUUUCUAUGCUAUCCCAGCGUCAUGAAUCUAGACGACCUCACCAGGCGAGGUUUUUUCAUAAGCGACAUUCCAUUACACGAUGCAACAAGGGACUUGGUCCUAAUGUCUGAACAAUUCGAAGCUGAUUAUAAACUAACCAGGAAUUUGGAAAUUCUGACUGACAAGCUUCAGCAGACCUACAGGGAACUGGAAACUGAAAAAAAGAAAACAGAUGGAUUGCUAUAUUCGGUACUUCCCCUGACUGUGGCAAGCGAGCUACGUCACAACAGACCAGUGCCGCCGAAAAAAUUCGACUUCGUAACCUUACUUUUCUCAGGGAUCGUUGGAUUUUCCGAAUACUGUGCCGCUCAUACAGAUUCCAAGGGAGCGAUGAAAAUCGUGAAAAUGCUCAACGAGUUGUACACAAAAUUCGACACUCUUACGGACUACACCGUAAAUCCAGAUAUCUACAAGGUGGAAACUGUUGGUGAUAAAUAUAUGGCUGUAAGUGGUAUCCCUGAACAGUGUGUAGCGCAUGCCAAAAAUAUUGCCAAAUUGGCGUUGGAUAUGAUGGAUUUAAGUAAAACUAUAAUAGUUGAUAAGGAUCCAGUGAAAAUAACAAUCGGCAUUCACUCUGGAGAGGUCGUCACAGGUGUGAUAGGUCAGAGGAUGCCGCGCUAUUGUCUCUACGGCAACACUGUAAAUCUGACGAGUCGCACUGAAACAACCGGUGCACCUGGAAAAAUAAAUGUUUCUGGUGACGCCUACAAAGUGUUAUGCCAAGAAGAUAACCAAGACCCGAACUUCUGCUUUGAGUACCGAGGACCAAUCACAAUGAAGGGAAAAUCAGAGCCAAUGGACGUUUGGUUUUUGACUAGAGCUUUUAAUAAGGAUUAA